AUGUCUACUAUUACCCUUUGGUGCCUUGAAUAUGGAAGUAGUUCCUUCUAUGUUAUCAUUGGAAAUUAUAAUUCUAUUUUUGACCUAAAGAAAGCCAUCUUAGAGGAAAUUAGUGUACCUGGCAACGUAAAAGCCAAAGACCUUAGAUUAUGGAAGGUUAACUUUGAUGAGAGUAAUUUUAGUAAUGCUCUUGAUGAAUUAUUGAAUAAAGGAAAUGAAAUAAAACUCGGAACACAAAAGGUUGGAGAAACUUUUCACGAAGUCCAAGGAAACAACAUUCGAGUUGUUGUUAAGGUUCCUGUAGUCACUGGUGAGUCAACAAAUUUAGUCAACGUGUACACUGCCUCUGAUAGUCAUUCCGUAGAACUGCCAUCCAAAAUAAUUGACAUGCUUGAAAGUGACAAAUUCGUACCUGAACCGCGCAUCAAUUUCGAAACAGCCUUCCAGAACCUUAAAGUUGGCCAAUCAAUUACCCUACCACAUCUUGGCCAAGAACCUAAACACUUCGCUGAAGAUUAUCAAGGAAGGAUAUUGCUUGUUACUGGGCAGAUGAUUGACAUUUGGAACAAGCUUUCAGCAGAUAGUGAUCAUUCAAUCAAGCGUGUUCUUUCAGGCCCAAUGGGCGUGGGUAAAUCAUACAUUUCCUACUUCCUCGCAUCUAAAGCUUAUGCUGAAAAAUGGCUGAUGCUCUACAUCGCAGAUGCAGCUGGUCUAAAUGUAAAAACAUCAAAAAGAGCAGAAAAGGUGAUUUGCAGGUACUUCCUGGCACUUAAUAAAGAUAUUUUGACUGCUGCCGAGCUUAAGGAGAUUGUGCAACAUGAUUCUUCUGUUGAGGUUGAGGUUGCCGUCGCCGAAGCAAUUCUACACUUAAUCAAAUUAGCAGAUCACAAAGCUCUAUUAAUUAUUGACGAACAUGAUAUAUUAUUUGAAAAAGAUCCGGUACCUUUAAGAAUUCACUUGUUAAGUCCUCUGAUGAACCUUAAUUUUUGGGGAGAAAGUUUCAAUCAUGCACGUGUAGUCUUCACGGGGACUGCACAUGCUAAAUAUGAAAUAGUACACAUGAAGAAUGGUCAGAGUAAUUAUUUGAUCUAUGUCGGUCCAUUACAGAAAGAUGUGUUUGAUAAAUUGUUGCAAAUGAACACCCUUCUGAAUAAACCGGGCAUCAGAAAAGCAGAAAAAAAGGUUACGAAUUGUGUGCCACGUGAACUCAUGCUCCUAGCUAAAUAUGUUGAUAGUCUCAAUUUCACUACUAUUAAUGUAAGAUUAUUUCAACAAGCACUAGAAAAAUUUGAGAAUGAACGGGUCGACCAGUUUCUGGUUAUGGCUCAAACAUAUUAUAAUACUCUCCAGGAAAAUGAAAAAAAACCGCUACUAUCAUGCCCUUACAAGCAUGUUUCUCCCCAAUCUUGGGUUAAUUUAUCGGUACAAGGAAGAGAUUACUCAUUACCUUCCUCUAUGUCCACCUGCUCAGAAAGUCCUAUUAAAAAUUCUUCCGGCUUAUCCCUUGGACCUGGUUAUGAUAAAGUCUUGUGUCGCGGCUUUGAUAAAUAUCCCCGAUUUGAUUACAUACUUGGACCUAUAUUUAUACAGAUCGAGAUGUAUUUGAAUGAAAUGUAUGGUCCCAGUCAUUUUGCUAAAAUAGAUUCAGAAAAUAGGUUUGUUGUUAUCAAAAAUGGCAGGCGCUUGCCUAUAUUUCGUAUUGUCUAUAUUCGAGGUAGUCCCAGCACUCCCAAUCACUCUGUAAACAUUCGUAAAUUCCCUGACAUAACGCAUAUCACCUUCGAGGAGAUCAAAAGUCAGCUUAUCCCAAAUAUAAUAUAA